AUGGGCUGCGGUACCAUAACAACAAAUAGUAAGAAAGAUUUAAUCACAAAAGACUCAACUAAUGGCAUUCUAAAUCGAGAAUAUUUACGAAAUGCUACCUUAAAGAUCAAGCAAAGAAACACGAAAGGUGUAGUUGUGGCAACUGAAACCAUAAAAUUUGACUGUACUGAGCCUAUUCUUACGUCAUCGCAAAAACUUGAAGUAGGCCCAAAGUCAUAUUGAGCCUCAGCAUGUGUGAUUCCAGGUCUCGACCCUCAUGGAGAAAUAAAUAAAAAGUGCCAAGAUUUUUGUUUGUUUUUAAAUGAUGAAAACAGCUUUAUUGUUGCUUUGUUCGAUGGUCAUGGAGCUGAAGGCGAAAGAGUUGUCGAUGUGUGCUCAGAGACAGUGGAGGACUUUUAUGAAGCUCAUAAGAGUGACUUUGUAAAAAAUCCUAACCUAUUUUUGACGGAAUUAACAAAACAAUGCGAUCAUGAAAUUCGAAAUUCUGCUAGAGGCAUAAAUGCUCACUUCAAAACUUUAAAAGAGUAAAACUUAUAGAAAAAUGCCUAUUUUUGAGAAAAUUACCUAUUAAAAGCAAAAUUUUUUUAUAAUAAUUAAUUAUUUUUAAAAAGUGAUCUCAGCAAAUUCUAUGAGAUUUAAUUCAGCUUGAAUUCUUAGAUAUACAUUUUAUAAAUUAAUUAGAUCUUUACUUUCAAAUAUUUGCCAAUCCAGAAACUUUUUAUGUAAUUACAUUAAAAAUAAGUGAACCUUUAAGAGCAAUUAGGAUUUUUCUGUUAUGUUUGAAGAGGGAAAGUCAGAACUCGGGAUGGUAAUGUAUAAUUAGUACAGCUGUUUUUGUCUGCUUUUUUAAUGGGUCACUUUAUUGUGCUAGUGUUGGGGAUUCUCGGGCUAUUGUUGCUACAUCACAUCCACCAGAAAUUCUACCAGCACCACCUGCAAUAAUUGGGGAAGACAGAAAAUUAUUAGAAGAAGUCAAAGAAAGGCGAAGAAGCUUUGUGUCUCCACUGCUACAAGCUGUGCAGCUUACAAGAGACCAAAAGCCAGACGACCCUGACGAACUAGCUAGUUAUUAAUUAUUAGUUAUUAAGACUUAUCCAGAAACUUGCUGUAAUUCCAAAAGAACUAUCUUCACUCGUAACGCCUUCUUCGCCUGCUCUCCUGCUCUUAUACGACCUCACAAAAACUGUUUCUGCCGGACAAAGAUCUGCACUCGCGCACCAGUAAUUGAGUGACUCGUGUCACCAUGCCUUACAUCAACAGGGUUAAUCCGACUCUCGGCUAAGAGAAAUCCUUAACCCAGGGCGUAACCCCCGGCUGGACAGUUGGAAUAGUUCCGAUUGGUCAAGACGAUCGCCAUUGACACGGCUGGGAAACGACUUUCCAGCUUUCAACCCAUCUCUCACUGAGGCAAAAACUUGGCAUUUGAUUAAAGUUUGCGGUUGGCGAACCCGACAUUGCACUUCACCAAAUAAAGAAAAAACCGACCAGAUAUACAUUUCCGAACGCCAUUUUUCCUUCCUCAAGAUCCUGUACACCCUGUUGGAUUCCAACUACAGGAGCUAAGAGGGUUGGCUAGUUAGCCACACCAUCUUAAUAUAUCCCUGCAAACUAGCAAGAAUUACUAAAUGCGGAGGCAGGGUCCAGCAGCUUGUAGACGAAUAUGGCAAUAAAAUCGGCCCAUAUAGAGUCUGGGAAAUGAACUCAAAUGGGCCUGGGCUUGCUAUGAGCCGAUCAAUAGGAGAUCUCAGAGGACAAAGAGUUGGGGUUAUAUCAACCCCAGUUUGUACAAAAUAUGACCUUUUUGGAGAAUUAGAUUAUUUUAUAGUAGCUGCUUCAGAUGGGGUAUGAGAUGUGCUUGAAAAUGACGAUGUCGCUCAUUUUGUGGAAUUUUAUAGAGGAAAAUGCGUAAAAGGGGUAGAUACACAUACAGAUCAAAAAAUUGUAAACCCAGAAAAUGCUUGUAUUGCACAGCUGCUUUGUGAAGAAGCAAGGGUUAGGUGGCAUACAAUUGUGGAGGAAGAAGAUGUAAUGAUAGACGAUAUUUCAUGUGUGAUUAUUGAAUUAAACCAAAGCAAAUUUAAUAUUGAUCUUAAAGAGCAUGGGAAAAUUCCUGAUACAUUUACACCGAUAAGUAAUUUAUUGGAUGAUAAUACAUUGAAAAUCACAUCUUUACCUGAAAUUGAGGUGAGAGAUCCAAGAAGAGGCUCUUUUGUUGUGGAAAAAUUAGAAAAUAUAUAA